CUACCAAAUUUUGCGCCAUUUCUAAAAUAAGCGGCGUUUGCGACGCAGUCAAUCUUUCGCAACGAUACCGUGCGUAACGGCAACGAAUGGAAAGAAAAAGAAAAAAUACGGAAUACUGAUAAGCUAAAAGAUCUAUAAAAUAUCUGUAAAUAGGUUAUAGAAAUGGCCACAGCAGGUGCUGAGGACCUGCUCAGCGAGGCGCAGUUCCUGGCGCUGCAGGAGGAGAAGGAGCAGCUGAUCAAGGAGCAGAAACUGCUCAACAUGGACAUCAGGGCCAUGAAGCUGGAGAUGACAAAACGCUCAGGUGAGCCGGCGCCGGUGGAGGCGCGCGCGCUGGCCGCCGAGCAGCGUCUGGCGCAGCUGUCUGCCGAGCUGACGGGUCUGCAGCUGGAGGAGGUCAGCUUCCAUCUGGUCUCCGCCGAGGAGGGUGUCACCGUCACCCGCUGGAGGGUGCGCGCCGUCAGUGAAGACGCCAACGCAGAGAUACUGCUCCACUACGACACCACCAAGGACGAGCACUCUAACGUGACGUGCUCCGAUCUGGAGGUGGAGGAGUUCACUCCGUCGCUGGCACCUCUGAUGGACGUCGCGGGGGAGAGCCCUCGGGACGCGCUGUUUGGACUCUACCAGCUCGGACGGCUGGUCGCCGAGAGGAGAGAGGUCAGUGGGGGAGG